AUUUGGAUCAUUUAAAACGUAGCAGCUUGAGGCAGCAAGAAACAAGUGAGAUCGAGCUGAUUUGGAUCAUUUAAAACGUAGCAGCUUGAGGCAGCAAGAAACAAGUGAGGACGAUAAUUUACGAAUGAACAGUUCGUGAGGAACUGGAUGCAACAAGUUAUGAUAUAUAGCUAUAUGUACUACAUCAAGGCAAGCAACGAGAACGCUAAAAUCAAAGGGCAGCCAAGUAGUGUGAGAGACGAAGAGUGGACGGAACCGAAGAACGAGCACUCAAAUAAACGGCCACAUUCCAGACAAUUCCAUGCGGCAUCCGGAAAUGCAUUUUCAGUGGAUCUUCAAAACUCAAGUGUGGAAUUAGAAAAUCAAAUCAAUCGCCAGGGGUCGCAGUCUCCCUAUCAGAUCCCUUCCAGUGUAUACGAAGGUGAUCCAGGUGUUAUGUCCGAAGUGGAAACUUCAGCUACCGGCUUUCGUCGACCAUCAAAAGGACGGUCUCCCAUUCCAGCAUCUAGACCUCCACUUAAGUCUCAAGAGCGAGCUAUUA